UCAAAUGUCAGCUGGCUAUUUGUUGCGCUUGGAACUGUUCUCGAUUGGCCCUUGCUAAAACUAUAGCAAAAAUGCUUGCCGGUGGUAAUGGCGAUCCGAAUCCAAACGCAUCCUGGCUUGAUUCACGUGGUUUGUGGCUUGCAUACGUGCUAGGCAUCACCAUCUUCCACAUUGUUCUGCUGGCCAUACCGUUGGUGCAGAUCCCGUACGCGUGGACAAUUACGAACAUCGCACACAAUCUGGCCCAUUUGUACUUCCUGCAUUGCAUAAAGGGCGCCCCAUGGAUGAGCAUCGAUGCGGGUGAGAAUCGCAAGUACACGCACUGGGAGCAGAUCAACUGUGGCGAACAGUUAACGACGACGAGAAAAUUCCUGACCGCUGCUCCAAUCGUUUUGUUCCUGCUGACGUGUCUUUACACGCGCAACGAUAUCGAUCAUUUUAUUGUCAACUUUAUUUCGCUCGUCGUGGUACUCGUACCGAAGUUGCCCCAAUUCCAUGGCGUACGCCUGUUUGGUAUAAACAAAUACUAAACAGGGUUGGUACAGAAACGGCAAUCAUCGGACUGUAAAUUGCACGAUAUUUUUCUCAUUAUGAACAAAAAAGACUAUAGAGUAUAGUGACUACAUGAAAUGGAUAUCGAAUACGAGUUUACUCGUUAAAUUACGCAUAACAAACAUAAUGUUGAUGUAAACUGAAUCUUUGUUUUAGUUUCUGAAACAACUAUCAUGGGCUAUGUUUAAUGUGCUGUGUAAUGUAUUAAAUAAAGUAAAAAAUAUUUUUAAGACAAACAUAAACACUAUAAAGCCGAAUUGUA